AUGAGUUUCGAGGACCCACUGUCACCCGCAGACAGCUCCGGUGAUAGUAUCCUCACCGAAUCAGAAGAUGAACGUUACCUUCGUAAUCCGUCCGAGAAACGGCCAAGCCUACAUCUCUGCCGUACCACCUCUAUACGGUCCACUGGCGCCGUAGGUGGCGUAGUUCCAACACUUUAUAAGACCGCCACAAACCACACAUCAGCUUCAACGUACACGACUAAUGACCCAGCAUUCGAGAUCGACUUCGAGCCCGGCGAUACCAAGAAUGACCCGCAGCAAUGGCCACUCUGGUACAAGUCUCUCGUCAUCUUCGCGAUGAGCUACGGCACCACGUGUGUCGUGCUUUACUCGACCAGCUACACCUCUGCCAUUCCUGGCAUGGAAGCCACGUUUGGCAUCUCCGACACGCUGGGCGUGCUAGGCGUAACGACAUAUCUCUUCGGCAUGGCCACAGGCGCGGUCAUUCUGGCGCCGCUGAGUGAGAUGUACGGUCGUCGACCAAUCUACGUGGCGAGCCUCUUCCUCUUCGUGAUCUUCGUCAUUCCUUGUGCGGUGGCGAAAGACAUCGCCACGAUAUUGGUAGCGCGCUUUUUUGGAGCGUUCUGCGCCAGCGCCAUGAUCUCCAAUGCGGCUGGAUCGGUCAACGACAUAGUAGAAGAGCAAUACCGAGCGCUGGCCUUCUCCAUCUGGUCCGUAGGCCCGAUGAACGGUCCUGUCCUCGGUCCUGUGAUAGGCGGCUUCGUCGCACAGAACCUGGGAUGGCGGUGGACAAACUGGGUCGUGAUUAUCGUCGCAGUCGUUGCAUGGGUUGUUGUCAGUGUUUGCCGUGAAACCUACGCCCCAGCAAUUCUUCGUCGCCGCGCAGCCGCCAAGCGAAAGGAGACUGGCGAUGAGCGCUGGUGGAGCCGUUACGACGACAAGGAGGAAUUUUGGCCUCUGCUUCGUGUCAAUCUCUCAAGGCCAUUCGUGAUGACCGUCACAGAGCCCAUCUGCAUCUUCUGGGACUUGUACAUUGCGUUGGUGUAUGGGAUCCUUUAUCUAUGCUUCGUCGCAUAUCCCAUCGUGUUCUCGGAACUGCGCGGCUGGUCCCCAGGCCUCACCGGUUUAGCCUUCUGCGGCAUAGGAGUCGGCUCGAUGAUCGUUAUAUGCUGCGAACCGCUCAUCCGCCGAAUGAUCAACGCCCAUAAACCGGAUCCGGAAAGCGAGACGGGUGACGUUCCGCCCGAGGCGAUGGUGAGUGUGGUCUGCAUAGCCGCAGUCCUCAUCCCUGUCGGCGAGAUCUGGUUCGCAUGGACAGGAACACCGAACGUACAUUGGAUCUUGCCAAUACUGGCAGGGAUACCAUUCGGCAUGGGCAACUGUGGUGUUUUCAUCUAUGCGACCAACUAUCUGGUCUACAGCUACGACGUCUACGCCGCUUCUGCGCUGGCGGGCAACGCCGUGCUGCGGUCUAUAUUAGGCGCGACGAUACCUUUAGCUGGGACCGCAAUGUAUCGGUCUUUGGGCCCGCAUUGGGCAGGCACACUUCUCGCUCUGCUGGAAGCCAUAUGUAUACCUAUCCCUUUCAUCUUCUAUCGGUACGGCGCGAAGAUAAGACGGAAAUCUGCACUGAUCAGGCAGAUGAGGGAGGAUAAGGAGAAGCAGAAUGCGAGAAGGCGCAAGGCGGAGGAGAAGAAGAUCAAGCAGAGAGGGCAGGCGGAGGUGUCCACGGGCGCCGCAAUGGAGACAGGCGCAUUCGUGGGAGAGGUGGAAGAUGUGGAGAAGGGUGCUGAUAGGGCAGUGCUCAAGGAGGUGUGA